AUGAGGGCUAAUGGAUCUGCCACUAUCAUCAGACGCAUAUCUAGGAGCCGAACCAACAUGCUCUUCUACAGUGUUCUCACCAUUCCCAGACUGAGCAAAGCAGACAGAGGACUUUACAAAUGUCAUGUAACAAGUGGUCCAUCCAAGCGAGAAACAAAUACCACAGUUAUCGUCUAUGACCAGCCUUUCAUUCGACUCAAGCACAGAGAUGGCCCUGUGGUUCAGGCUUCUGCAGGACAGAAAUCUUUCAGGCUUACUCCAAAACUAAGGGCUUUCCCUGCACCUGAAGUCAUCUGGUUGAAGGAUGGGAUGGUUGCCGCCGAGCAGUGCUCCCGUUACCAUGCAGACAGGUUUUCUCUGGUCAUUCGGGAUGUUGCUGAAGAGGAUGCAGGAAUCUAUACCAUCCUUACUGGCAUCCAGCAGUAUGGGCUUUAUCAGAACCUCACACUCACGUUGGUGGUAAAUGGUGAGACUUAG